UGCAUGGACAGCUGCUGUUUCUUCCUUCCCCUCCUUUGCUCCCCUAGCUCUUUUUCUUCCUCUCUUUCCCUCUCCACACUGACUCCAUUCAUUUCCUUCUCCCCUUCUCCUCUCCUUUUUUCCUCCACUGUGUCAUUCUGCCCUGCACUUUCCCCCGAGGCGGUUAUAAAGGCAGGUCCUGUUGGAGGGAGAGGGCUUGUGUAAUCUCAGGGCUGCACAGGCUGCACAUGAGCACCCGAGCGGCUUGCUUUCAGCUGCGAAGGCGCCGCCGUAGCCUCGACAGAGGGCGUGAAAACAUCCCACCGGGGCAAACUUUGGAAGAAGGGUGAGAAGAAGGAGUAAUACUUCUGCGACAAGACGGGGAGGACAAGGAGAAGGAGGCGAGACGCGGAAAGAGAUUGGAGCUGGGGUGCGGGAGGACAACAGAGACCAUGCCGGGCUCGCUGGUGCUGCUGCUGUCCCUGCUGGUCCUGUCCACAGGAAGUGAUGCCAGGCGGAUCAGGAAGAGGGGACUCAACCAGAAGGACUAUGAGUACCCCAACCAGUCUCAGUCCACGCAGCACCAGAAGAAUGACCGGUGUCCGCCGCCGCCCCAGAUGCUGCCAGAGCGGGCCUGUGAGGUUCCCGGCUGCCGCUCAGACUCAGAGUGUGAGCGCCACAAGCGCUGCUGCUAUAACGGCUGCAUCUACGCCUGCCUGGAGUCCGUGCAGCCCCCACCAGUGCUGGACUGGCUGGUGCAGCCGAAGCCUCGGUGGUUGGGGGGGAACGGCUGGCUGCUAGACGGCCCUGAGGAGGUUCUGCAGGCCGAGGCCUGCAGCACGACCGAGGACGGUGACGAGCCGCUCCACUGUCCCACAGGCUACGAGUGCCACAUCAUCAACCCAGGAAAUCCUGCCGCUGGCAUCCCUAACCGGGGACAAUGCAUCAAACAGCGUGGCAACUCUGAUGGACGCAGCCUGAGGCACAAAUACUUCAAGGACUACAAGGAUUAUUUGGGAACCAAUUCUAACAAUGCAGUAGCCUACGAAAAACAUCACCACAAGCACCUGGGAUGAAAUCGAGCAGACCUCAGCCUCAGUUACGACCAUAACACAACCUCAAACGACCAACUGUCCACAAAGCGGCCCCGCCCUCUUCAGUCUGCUCUCAUCGCAUCUGAAACAGGAUCAGAUGUGACCCGGUUACCCAGCCCACAGCUCCUACCUCCCCUCUGCAGCGCCUCGUGUCGCGGCCCCUUUCCUCAGUCAUGAAUUCCUUUGGGACACACUGACAGACACACUGACAGACACACAGCAGACGAGUGUGGCGCACAUCCACAGCCAAAGACAAAUCUCUCCGUCUAGAGUCGAUGGAGGACCAGAGAACGUCAGAGCAGGGCGACGCACCAAAGCUCUUUGAUCAAAAAACCGUCUCAAAAGGAAAUAAGGAACCUGUGCCAUGUUUCCAUUUUUUUUUUACAACUCUCUCUCUCUAUUUUCCUUUCCCUCUCUGUUUUCCUCUCUCUCUCUCUCUCUCUCUCUAUAAAUGAUAACUGGUCAAAGGAGCAAAUCAAGACCAUGUGGUCCUGUUAUAAUACUUCUCUCUCUCCCUCUGUUUGUCAUGCACUGAUUACGGCUACGAAAUCCAAAUUUGCAACAUUAUUGAUGGUAUGCUAUUCAAAACUUUUUGCAGAAGGAUGCUGCUCGUAUUCCCUGCUCUCAAAUCUGGACUGGACUUUUAAAGAUGAAAAGGUCCAGCUGCAGAGGCUGAAACUUUUAAUCAAAUCUAACUGUGAUCUAACAGUGCGAUUAAUAAUUGUAAUUAUAAGAAUAUGAUCACUAUAAAAGACUGUUGUAAAUGGGGUUUUGACUCCUUCAGGGCUGAAGUCACAGGAAUAUGUAUCCUUUACAUUAAAAGUAAAAACAAAAACUUCCUUCCCUGCACAAAAAAGAAACAAGAAAUUUUGUCUUGCAUUCAGCUGCAUCGAGCUAAUUUCAGAAUGAUUUAGGCAAAAUUAUCUUCCGUACCAACACAUAAUUUCUAGCUCUACGUGCUUCAUUAUGAUUUAUCUCACAGAAACAAACAAAAUCCUUGUCUUAUGAAGUAAAGACAAAAUGAUUUACCAGUGCAGUGAUACAAUCUGACUGAAAAAACCUUGAAAUUAAGGUGAAAUCACUAAAUAACCAAGACUAAAGACUAAGUUUUAUUUUUGGGUAUUUGUUUUUUUUCCAUGUUUAAGUCUGAUGACAAAUCUGUCUUAUCCAUGAAAUAAACUAAACCAGUCUGUGCAUUAAACUAUCACAACCCGAUCCCAGUAUACACAUGGUAAAGGGCUUUUGAGUGACAGUGAUGUUUAAAGCUGCCUAAUAACAAUGAUAAUAAUAUUAAAUAAAACAAAAUACAUUGUUCUCAAACUGAUAAAGGUCUAACUGUCCAAAGUCAGUCUUAUAUAUCAUAUAUCUGUGUUAUCAAAACCAAAUGGUGCUCCGUUUCAAUGCUGCCUCUCAUAACAGGAGAAUAAGCUGGUCUGUAAUACAAAGACAUCGAAUAAGCUGGAGGUGUGAAGCAAAAGGUGUGACCAUUCUCUGUGUGCGCGACGAGAGUGAUAUCUGAGAGUUGCUAUAUCUGACUGGUGCUAUAAC